CACGAUUCCUAGUUCAGGAGGAAGAGACCCUUUUUCUCCCGUUAGUUAGUGCAUGAUGGCGGCCACGUUGAGAGGGAGUCUCGUAACAUUGGCCAAGGGUCUGAGUGGUGCCCGGUUGCAGCCGUUGUAUGCUCGCUCUUUGAGUUUGACCUCCAGUCAGAAUGUUUCGGAGACUCCCCCGGCGCGGGCUGACAGCACCUUUAAGGUCACCAUGGUCCCUGGAGAUGGAGUUGGACCUGAGCUGAUGACUGCUGUCAAAGAGGUUUUCAAGGCAGCUGAUGUUCCUGUGGAGUUUGAGGAGUUUCAUUUGAGUGAGGUGCAGAACAUGGCCAGUGAGGAGAAACUGGAAGAUGUGUUGUCCUCCAUGAAGAACAACAGAGUCGCCAUCAAGGGAAAGAUUCACACUCCUAUGGAGUACAAGGGUGAACUGGCAUCAUAUGAGAUGAGACUGAGGAGAAAGCUGGACCUGUUUGCCAAUGUGGUUCAUGUGAACAGCCUGCCUGGAUAUAGCACCCGCCACAAUAACCUGGAUCUGGUCAUCAUACGGGAGCAGACAGAGGGAGAAUACAGCUCUCUGGAGCAUGAGAGUGUUUCAGGAGUGGUUGCAUGCCUGAAGAUCAUCACCAGGGAGAAAUCUCGCCGCAUCGCUAAAUUUGCAUUCGACUACGCCACCAAGAAAGGCCGCAGCAAAGUGACUGCUGUCCACAAAGCAAACAUUAUGAAACUUGGGGAUGGUCUCUUCCUGCAGAGCUGUGCGGAAGUGGCUGAACUUUACCCCAAGAUUAAAUAUGAAAGCAUCAUCAUUGAUAACUGCUGCAUGCAGCUGGUCCAGAAUCCUUAUCAGUUUGAUGUGCUAGUGAUGCCAAAUCUCUAUGGCAACAUCAUUGAUAACCUGGCAGCAGGACUGGUGGGCGGAGCCGGUGUAGUUCCAGGCGAGAGUUACAGUGCAGAAUAUGCUGUGUUUGAAACGGGAGCCAGACAUCCCUUUGCUCAGGCUGUCGGCAGGAAUAUUGCAAACCCUACUGCUAUGCUCCUCACUGCAUCCAACAUGUUGAGACACCUCAAUCUUGAGUAUCAUUCAAACAUGGUGUCUGAGGCUGUCAAGAAAGUCGUCAAGCAGGGCAAGGUUCGCACCUCAGACCUGGGAGGCUACGCGACAAGCGAUGAGUUCACCAGGGCUGUCAUCUCUAAUCUGGCCAUCUAAACCAAUCCCAGCGCACUCCACAAAUAUCAUUUUAAGCACAAUCUGCAGCACUGGUUGUCCAGUGUCAAACUCUUUUGGUCCAAGAUUUGAAGCCUUGCUAUUGGCCUAACUUUUAGAUUAUCACACAGUGUACAAUAGAGCUCAAGAUUCAUAUGUUGUCUCUAUCCAGAUCCACUGAUAUACCAGACUGUACUGCUUUAUGAUGCUGCUUUAAAAAUAUGUAUUUAUUCAGCUAUUUAUUACUUAAUUGCAAUUGCUACUUGUUUAAUCGUUACCAUUAAUAAAAUAGUAAAUAAUAUUCUGGCAAGUAUGUUGUCUUUUUUUAGUAAUAUUACUCUAAAUGAAAACUGUAUGUGCUAUACAAAGUGAUGGCCUUGCAACAAGAGAAAUGUUCCAUUAGUCAUCUACAAUGACCAUGUUUACAUGGUUGAAAUAUUAUAAAUAUUAUUUAAAUAUGUACAAGUAUUAUAUAGAAAAAAACAAUAA